GAAGCGCGACCAAGUUGCAGCCUUCCAAUCUCUGAAGGGAGUGUCCACGAGUGAUGGAGUGAGAAUAUUUACAAGGGCCUGGAGUGACAGGGUAAAGGGGAUUGCUUCAAACUGGCAGAGAGUGCUGCCUGGGCGCGGGGUCUCUUCAGCUGGGCACGGCCAGAGAGGUGGCUGGCAUCUGGUAGCCUUUUUCCUCUGUCAUGCAUCCACACAAGCACAUCUCUGCAGAAAAUUGGGAAGUGGGAGAAGAAGAACAGGAUUGUUUACCCUCCCCAGCUGCCUGGAGAGCCUCGCAGACCAGCUGAAAUAUAUCACUGUCGGAGGGAAAUAAAAUACAGCAAAGAUAAGAUGUGGUAUCUGGCAAAACUGAUAAAAGGAAUGUCCAUUGAUCAGGCUCUCGCUCAGUUGGAGUUCAGUGACAAAAAGGGAGCAAAGGUGAUCAAAGAGGUUCUGUUAGAAGCACAGGAAAUGGCUGUAAAAAAGCACAAUGUGGAAUUCAAAUCAAAUUUACACAUAGCGGAGUCGCAGACGGGCAGGGGCCACUACGUGAAGCGGGUGCGGUGCCACGGCAAGGGCAUGUUUGGCAUGAUGAAAAUCAGCAGGUGCCACUACUUUGUGAAGCUGGUGGAGGGUCCUCCUCCUCCCCCAGAGCCACCAAGGACUGGCUUUGACCAAGCGAAGGAAUACGUACAGCAGCUGCGAAACAGAACCCUUGUUCACACACUGUGACACGCUUUGGUGGCUGUAUGGGUAUCUCUUGUUGGGCAGUGUAAUUACAUAAAGGAAUCAUUAAAGUCCUGGUUUAGUUAUAUCCUUGCUGCUGCUGGAGCUGGAUGAUGUGAGAAAAUUCAUGGGGGUUUUUUCUUAUUUGUCAAGUCAUGGGUAUGGAAAUAUCUUGGAGCUGCAGAUGUUAUUUUUUCUGAGUUACUUGGAGCAGAGGAUUCGAGCUCAACCCUGGACUUUCAAAUCUAAAACAUAUGGUGCUGUUAUAAAGCUUGGCGUCUCUGUUAUGUCUGGUGGGUCUUACUGUAAAACUGGAUCAAGCGUCAAACUAAAAUUUGGCAUCUUAAAUUAGUUACAACAUUGGAAAAAAUCAAGUAACAGUGACAAAACCAGGUAACAAUAAUAUUUCAGAGUAUCAGACAUUAAUUUUUAGUUUAUGUGGGCUGUAACAGCCUUCGUUGUGUGUCUUGGGCUUUGUGUCUGGGAGUGGGAAAUAAAAAAAGUCCUUGGAAGUUCAGGCUUUGGCAGUCAGUAGGUGGCAUUAUUUAGUUUGUCAGAGAGGAAGUGGCAGUGAAAACUUCCAGAAUGGUCAAACUGUUUUGGAUUUUGCCCAUGGCAUUAAUAAUCUGAUACAAGCAUGAAGUUCAGGCUGUUCUCUCUGGAAAUUCAUUGUGGGUAACAGGCAAAAUAUGGGGAAAAGCUUUUUUUGGUGAAGAGUGAACUAGUUCUGUAUUGUCUGGAAACAAAUUGCUUUUGUAACAUUGAGGAAAGUGAAACGCUCGAUGGAUUUAAUAUGGAAUGGCUUGUUGCACAUACAAAUCGGGCUUUCAGUUCUCUGAAAACAAUCUCAUUUUUAUCAUUACUUCUUUGAAGAGAAAAAGACUGAGAUUGAUAGGGGGAAUCUCAUUUCACUCAGAUAUUCAAAUCAAGAUGGCCAGAGUUGAUGAACAUCAGCAUAAAAACAGAAUGAGCAGCUGCUUGUACAUGCAAAUGUCUUAUAUUUAGACCUUUCUUUUCCAUUCUGGGAACAUUAAAGUGGGAGAUUGAUUGCUUACCUCAUUUGGGUCUUUUUACUGCAGCAACUCAUGGUGGCUUUUCUUACAUGAAUUUACUUUGAUCAGUACUUGGAUGAUGGCAAAGGGACAGUUCCUGUAAGGAAACAAAUUAUUGUCUUAACAAAGGUUGGUACAGAGUGAUUUCUUUUGGCUACCAAAGAAAGGGUCUCAUGAUGUUAAAAGAGUAUUAGGGGAUGGUGAGGUUACACUAGAAGAGAGCUCAGCACCAUUAAUGGGGGCUUAUUUGCAGUCUGGUUUUCUGCAGUGCACUUUCAAACACAUUUCUUGCUGUAAAGCCACGAUUUAGUAACUUGCCUGAAAGGUGUGUUCUGAUAAAACUCUCUAUCUCUGCAGUCCCUGAUGUGUGUUUGAAGAACUGUUUCUGUUGUACUGUGAUAAACAACUGUGCUGGGCUCUGCCAGCUGCCCUGAAA